AUGCGAACCUCGCGGUAUCGCCUUCGUACACGUGGACGUACACGCGACCGAUGCCGGAAGGAUGUCACGAGAUACACGCUGUCGAUACAGAGACGUAGUCCGCCCCGUAAAAUCCCGAAAGAUGGCAACUGCGGCGAGUACAAAGUAGAGGCCGCCAGCGGCAGGGUUGCGCCAGGCCUGCGCCAAUCGCCCGGAGCUCCGCCGCCCUGCCGUGCCCGAAAUCGAAAGAACGAACCUAAGCUCGCGGUAUCGCCACGUAAACCUGGACGUACACGCGACCGAUGCCGGAAGGAUGUCACGAGAUACACGCUGUCGAUACAGAGACGUAGUCCGCCCCGUAAAAUCCCGAAAGAUAGCAACUGCGGCGAGUAUAAAGUAGAGGCCAUCAGCGGCAGGGUUGCGCCAGGCCUGCGCCAAUCGCCCGGAGCUCCGCCGCGUUACCGUGCCCGAAAUCGAAAGAACGAACCUAAGCUCGGGGUAUCGCCACGUAAACCUGGACGUACACGCGACCGAUGCCGAAAGGAUGUGAUGAGAUACACGCUGUCGAUACAGAGACGUAGUCCGCCCCGUAAAAUCCCGAAAGAUGGCAACUGCGGCGAGUACAAAGUAGAGGCCGCCAGCGGCAGGGUUGCGCCAGGCCUGCGCCAAUCGCCCGGAGCUCCGCCGCCCUGCCGUGCCCGAAAUCGAAAGAACGAACCUAAGCUCGCGGUAUCGCCACGUAAACCUGGACGUACACGCGACCGAUGCCGGAAGGAUGUCACGAGAUACACGCUGUCGAUACAGAGACGUAGUCCGCCCCGUAAAAUCCCGAAAGAUAGCAACUGCGGCGAGUAUAAAGUAGAGGCCAUCAGCGGCAGGGUUGCGCCAGGCCUGCGCCAAUCGCCCGGAGCUCCGCCGCGUUACCGUGCCCGAAAUCGAAAGAACGAACCUAAGCUCGGGGUAUCGCCGAGUAAACCUGGACGUACACGCGACCGAUGCCGAAAGGAUGUGAUGAGAUACACGCUGUCGAUACAGAGACGUGGUCCUUCCCGUAAAGUCCCGAAAGAUGGAAACUGCGGCUAG